GAGACUCCAAUAAGGCUGCUGAAGUGGGGAGUUCUGCGGGAUUGGAGCCAGAGCCCUUGAAGGUGGGAUCGGCUAGGAAAGGAGAAAAAGAGCAGAGUGUUGGGGCGAAAGUAGGGCGGGACAAAGAGCGCCCAGAGUAGAACUCGAGAGUCCCUGCGUGGGGGAAAGGUGGAGCCAAGGCUGGCCUGGGGCAUCCCCCCCGCUCCGGCUCCGCCGCGCUCUUAGCGCACCUGUCGGGGAGAGGGGAAGGGACAUCCUGGUGCCCGAGGGACCUCCAGUCCAGAGGGGCUUACUCGGAGCUUGGGACUCCCGAGAAGACUCCGCCUCCUCCCCUCCGGCGGUCCAAGCCCCGCAAGUGAAGGGGCGUGACCCUGGUGCUCAGGUUUCUUCCUCCUCACCUGGGCCGGGAGGGGUGGGGGCCAGGACUUCCGGCUCAGGUGAGUGUCCCUUCGGUGACGUCAGGUCAUCCUCGGCCGCCCCUCCGGUUCCUCCCCGCCUCGCGCUCCCGGUGCCCGCGGGGGCGCGCCCCUGACGACCUACAUAUACUCAGGUGCGUCGCACCUGUCCGCCCGCACCUGCCCGCUCACCGCUGAGCGACCUCUCUUCGCACAGCAGCUUCGGGCCGACAGCCCAGGAUACUUUGGGGACUUCCAGCACCCGGGACCGCGCCCACACGGCCCCUCCACCUUUUGUUUGGGAAGGGUCGCCGAGCGCCGGAGGGAACUGCCGGGUCUUCGCGGAUUGCUUUUGUUGGCCACCAGUCCUGUUCCCUCUGCUGUGAGACCCUCGCCCCGCCGGAGGGUAAAUUUGUGUUUACUUCGGUGACAAGAUUUGCGUUUACUUCGGUGACAAGAUUUGCAAGCACUCGACCAAAAACUUUUUUGCCUCUUUGGGUGACAAAACUCGCCAGCCCGGCGCCUCCCGUCUUUUCUGAGGGCGGAAAUGGCCAAUUCGGGCCUGCAGCUGCUGGGCUUUUCCAUGGCUCUGCUGGGCUGGGUGGGCCUGGUGGCGUGCACCGCCAUCCCUCAGUGGCAGAUGAGCUCGUACGCCGGCGACAACAUCAUCACCGCCCAGGCCAUGUACAAGGGGCUGUGGAUGGACUGCGUCACACAGAGCACGGGCAUGAUGAGCUGCAAAAUGUACGACUCGGUGCUCGCCCUGCCCGCGGCCUUGCAGGCCACCCGAGCCCUAAUGGUGGUCUCCCUGGUGCUGGGCUUCCUAGCCACGUUCGUGGCCACGAUGGGCAUGAAGUGUACAAACUGUGGGGGGGACGACAAAGUGAAGAAGGCCCGUACAGCCAUGGCCGGAGGCAUCAUUUUCAUCUUGGCAGGUCUUGCUGCCUUGAUAGCUUGCUCCUGGUACGGCCACCAGAUUGUCGCAGACUUUUACAACCCGUUGGUCCCCAUGAAUGUUAAGUAUGAGUUUGGUCCUGCCAUCUUCAUUGGCUGGGCAGGGUCCGCUCUGGUCCUCCUGGGAGGUGCACUGCUCUCUUGCUCCUGUCCUGGGAGUGAAAGCAAAGUUGGGUACCGUGCACCCCGCUCCUACCCUAAGCCCAACUCUGCCAAGGAGUACGUGUAAGCUGGGAUGCCCUUACCCCAGCCUGGCAGCCUAGAGGUGCCCCCAGACAUCUGAAAGGACCUGGGGCAGACAGCUCAACCCGUGGGCAGGGUGCCGAGCAGAAGCCUGCGGUCACUCUAGCCCAGCACACCAUGUACAGUUCCCUGGGGUGUUGGGUGGUGGGGAGACAAAAAGGGGGAGGGUGUGCCUUUUGUACAGUAAUAAAA